AUGCCCUCAACUGCAAUUGAUUUUGACCAAAUACAACAUCAACGUCUACCUACAUUAUAUGAGGUAUUUAUACUGAAGACAGAGCCCCCUGUGGAUUUGUGGUCUUUUUACACAUACCUCUCUCAAUUCCCAUAUGCAAUUAACUACUUAGACUUUUGGAUUGAUCUUAUGGCACACAUCAGACUCUGUAAAGAUUAUGUCUCUACAGUAAGGCAAUCAGUAGUUCAGGGGUCUGCUUUGGAAGAAUUCCGGAACUUAGAUGAAAGAAGUAAUGUUAACAGACAUAUGAACAACGAUGAAGAUGCAUCAGUGACAACCUCAAUCCUAAUGAAUACGUUAUUAUCAGAGGGAUAUUUAGAUUUUGAGAACCCUGAAAAGGUUUCUCAGUUUUUGCAAGGGAAUACUCACACAUCCCCGAUGGUAACUCGGAUGAUACAAGAUUGGAAAUUACAUAAUGAAAGAAACUCUGUUGCAGCGACAAGUCACCUACAGUCAACUCAAGCUGGUAUAGACAUUUCAAGAAAAGAAAGUAUGCAAAGUGUAUCAGCUAUUGUUGAUGAAUUUUUGAAAAGACAAUCUCAGCUAGGAGAAAAGGGAAAUAUUACUACAAAGCAACUAUACAACAAUGCCCAGCAAAUAUGUAACACCUACCUAAUGUCUCAGCAACAUAGUCCAAGAUACUUAGCUAACAUCCCCGACGAUCUUAAAAACCAGGUUAUCCACAACUUUAAGGCUAAUAGGCGACAUGACCCAGAGGUGUUUAGAGAGCUUAAGGAAGUGACAUACCAAUUUUUGGAGACAGAUUGUUUCCCCAAGUUUCUAAAAGAGGUAGCAUUGCAUAAUAUCCAUGAUGAGCUUUCUGAUUGGAGAUUCCAUCCCUCGAAUAAAAACCCACACAGAACAUCUUCACCUUCUGGUAGUAAAGAAAAUCUCAACGGUCACAAACAAUUGAUGCAAAAUCACAUAUCUUGGUCACCAUUUUCAACAUACACUUCGUUAAGUAGAGUUCUAUUUGGAUGCAUGUGGAUGGGCAUAGGAUUUUGGAUUGGUUAUGUGCUCAUAUUUCUACACUACAGCAGAGCAAUUAGAGUCACCACUGUAGUACCAUUUGGACUGGGCUGUUACUAUAUAGUCUGUGGCAUUUAUCAAGUUGAUAUCAUAUAUUCCUGGUUUGGGCUGACCCAAAGAUUAAUGUACAGUCAUAAAAAAGGCAAUAUAGAAGAAGGAAGACAAGUCUAUGGAGCAACAUAUAAUGACGAUGUUCCUCUCAUAUUCACCUUACUUGGUGGUAAAUCUAGACUGAUACAUAUAGAACAUCCAUUUAUCAAAAAAAUCCUCUAUAAAAGAGGUCUCUGGUGUCUAACAUUGGUAGUUAUCUUUACGGCAAUAUUCACUGUAAUAUUUUGCUGCGUUCCUGGCCGUAGAUUAUAA